CCCGGAAGCGCAUGUCCAUCUCCCGGAACUGCACGCGGCAUGGUGGCGGUGGUGGCCGAGCCGAGCUUGGACGCGCUGGCGGACUCGCUGCUCCUGGAGAUUCUCUCGCAGCUGCAGCUGAGGGAGCGGCUGCUUGGGGCCAGGGUCUGCAGGCGCUGGUGCCGCCUGGUGCAGGACAAGGUGCUCUGGAGACAUGUGGAUCUAACGCCCUAUGAGAUCAGCCUGAAGAACCUGCGGCACCUGCUGCAGCAUCACCUGUGCAGCAACGUGAGAACACUGAAGAUGAGAGGAACCCUCUCCGAGGCACUGCUGCAGGACCUGGGGAAGAAGUGUCCAGGCCUCCAGAGGCUGUGCCUGUUGCGCACCAAGCUCCGGUAUAAGAUAGACUCAUACGUUGUGCCCUCUCCUCUGAUGACCUUGGAGCUGAGCCGCUUGGAGUUGUCUCAAUGGAUAUUUUUUGCAAAAUCUGAAGGCACCAGAGGCCUCUUACAGCUGAAGCAUCUCUUCAUUUACGAAGUCCCUUCUUUUUCUGAUCUCCAUCUGCUAAACAUCUCUUCUCUCGUUUGCCUGCAGACGCUUACUCUCUCUGGAACCAACCAGGUGACGACUCUGGGGUUUUGUGUAGCCUUAUCAUACCUGAAGGCCCUGGAGCACCUCACACUGUGCCAGUGCACCCUGAAAGACUCUGCUACUCACUUCAUUGGGUGCUACUUGAAACAGCUCCACACUCUGGAGUUUAGCAACACUCCCUUCCUGACUGAUGCAGGCCUGCCUGACUUAAAGUCUUCGAAGUACCUGGAACCUCUUUCCCUUGAGUCCUGUGUUAAGCUUUCCUGUGAUGCCAUUGUCGCUCUGGGUCAGGCACUGCCCCAGCUGAAGAGUCUUAAUUUAAGGGGGAUUCCUUUUGAUGACCAGACAAUAUGUAAAAUUCAAGCAAGUUUGCCCAACUGCCAUUUUUCACCCUCCUGAAAUGCUUGGUUUGGAGGGCAUUAUGCAUCCGUGUGGUGGCCAGAUUUCUCCAGGUGCUUCAACAAGGCAUCAAGCAUUGAAGGGCAAGGACCAUUUUGGUGGCUUGUAAAA